GGAAGAGGAAGACCUCCACUCCGUUGGAAGGACCAAGUGGAGAAGGACCUGGCUUCGCUUGGAAUAUCCAAUUGGCGCCACGUAGCGAAAAGAAGAAACGACUGGCGCGCUGUUGUUAACUCGGCUAUAAUCGCGUAAGCGGUGUCUACGCCAAUUAAGAAGAAGAAGAAGCGUACUAAAUGGUCCAGAUAUACAAAAGCUGAUUAAAAGUGACGCCUUCAACAAUAUUUUGAUUGACGCUGAAUUGAAUGCAUGGCAGGCAAUCAAAGAAGUAAUAGAAGGCUUGUUGGGAAAGCAUCGUUCUAACAACUACGAUGUUUCUGUUGCAAGGAUGUUAAAAGCAUUCUCGGAAAUCGGUGUCCACAUGUCCUUGAAAAUCCAUUAUUUACAUCAUCAUCUGGACUACUUCAGCAAACAAUUGGCUACCGAAUCUGAUGAACAAGGUGAACGCUAUCAUCAAGUUGCUAUGCCAUUUGAAAUGAGAUAUAAAAGCAAAAAGUCGCCGAAAGCAAUAAUUGCGGAAAUUUGCUGGUGGAGUAAGCUUGUGUGGCAAGACAGGGAUGAUCUUGAUGAUAAAGAAUUUUCCGGAGAUGCAGAAGGGCCAACAGUGGAGUCACACAUUGACAUUAUGUGUGGUUCAGAAACUGAUGAUAGCGAUGAAUGCGAUGCCACUAGUCCCGAACAAGUCUAGGCAAUAUUUGUUAAAAUAAAUAAAAAUAAAUAAA